AGCUAGUAGUAGCUAGCUUAGGUAGCUUGUAUGUAACUAAGAAUAAGCAUGAUAUAAAUGAUAUGGAGCGAAUGACAUGCACUGUAAAAAUCCAUCUUAUCGGGUGAGUCAAGGCCGACUUCGCCCCUCGUUUUUGCCCCUCCGCCGGCUUGGAACGCUCUUAAAAUUUCCCCGUCUUCGGACCAAACCCAGCCAAAAGACGUUCAACUUUCUUGUCCUUUCCACACAUUCUCUCGUUCUCCUUGCGAUACGCCUUGUCGCAUUUCUAGACUCCAAUUCCUUCCUUUCUAGGCUUUGGUCCCUGUUUCCGCCCAAGGGGAGUCGCUCAAAAUGUGUGGAAUCUUCGCGUGCCAUAACCAUUGCGAUGUGCAAAAGUUCAAGCCUACGGCGUUGCGUAUGGCCAAGACCAUGCGUCACCGUGGUCCCGACUGGAGCGGUAACUUCUCUGCGAACCAAACGAUUCUCGUCCACGAGCGUCUGAGUAUCGUCGGUGUCGACACUGGCGCCCAGCCUCUGCUCAACGAUGACGAGACCCUGGCCCUGGCGGUCAACGGUGAAAUCUACAACCACCGCAUUCUCCGGAAACAGCUGAAGACGCCAUACAAUUUCAAGACACAUUCGGAUUGUGAGGUGAUCAUUCCGUUGUUUACGGAGCAUGGCAUUGACGCCCCCAAAUUCCUCGACGGUAUGUUCUCCUUUGUCCUUUUCGACAAGAAGGAGAACAGGGUUAUCGCGGCUCGUGACCCCAUUGGCGUUAUCAGUUUCUACCAAGGAUGGGACUCCAAGAGCCCCGGCACUGUUUACUUCGCCUCUGAACUGAAGUGUCUGCACCCCGUGUGUGACAAGAUCGUUGCCUUCCCCCCUGGCCAUGUUUAUGACUCCAAGACGGGCCAGACGACCCGAUACUUCGAGCCCAAGUGGUGGGAUCCGACCAACGUCCCGUCGCAGCCCGUCGACUACAAGCUGAUCCGAGAGACCCUGGAAAAGUCUGUCCGGAAGCGCCUGAUGGCUGAAGUCCCGUACGGUGUCCUUCUUUCCGGUGGUCUCGACUCCAGCUUGGUGGCCUCAAUCGCACAGCGAGAGACUCUCCGUCAGCGGGAGGCGCAAAUGAAUGCGAAAACCACUGAGGCCGAUGAUAACUCUGGUCUGGUCGGUAUUGAUGACGAGAACGACCUGUCAACCGUGACCACUUUGGCCCAGCUGCACUCUUUCUCCAUCGGUCUUCCCGGUGCCCCCGACACCCAGGCCGCUCUUGAGGUCGCCAAGUUCCUUGGAACCAAGCACCACGCUUUUACAUUCACCAUUGAGGACGGACUGAGCGCUCUCUCCGACGUCAUCUACCACCUGGAGACCUACGAUGUGACCACAAUUCGCGCUUCCACCCCUAUGUAUCUUCUCAGCAGAAAGAUCAAGGCCAUGGGUGUUAAGAUGGUGCUGAGUGGAGAGGGAAGUGACGAGAUCUUCGGAGGCUAUCUCUACUUCCACGCUGCUCCGAACCGGGAGGAAUUCCAUGCGGAGACGGUGCGCAGGGUGAAGAACCUGCAUCUGGCUGAUUGCCUGAGAGCCAACAAGUCGACGUCCGCGUGGGGUCUUGAGGCCCGUGUUCCUUUCCUGGACAAGCAGUUCCUUGAGGUCUGCAUGGGCGUGGAUCCCCAGGAGAAGAUGAUCACCAAGGACCGGAUCGAGAAGUAUAUUCUGCGCAAGGCGUUCGACACCACUGACGAGCCUGAUGUGAAGCCGUACCUUCCCGAGAAGAUCCUGUGGCGCCAGAAGGAACAGUUCAGUGACGGUGUGGGCUACGGCUGGAUCGAUGCCCUGAAGGACAACGCUGAGCUUCACGUUACGGAUGAGAUGAUGAACAACCCCAAGCCGGAAUGGGGCACCGAUAUCCCUGACACCAAGGAAGCUUACUGGUACCGCAUGAUGUUCGACGAGCACUUCCCGCCGACCUGCGCCUCGACAGUCGAGCGAUGGACGCCUACCUGGUCCAAGCAGACCGACCCCAGUGGACGGGCCAUCGCGAUCCACAACGCCAAGUAUGAGAACACGCAAUAGAUGCCAUGUACAGAUCUUGAUUGAGGGGAAAGCAAGCAAAACAUCCAUCCAUACUGUCAUUAAAAAGGAGAAAAAGCGCGCGUCGUUUGGUUGAUCAUGUAUAGUCCUGGCGCUGGAAAGCAGUAGAAUUCGGGUUGUUUCACGCAUAUAGUACUAUACUCCUGUCACUUGGCCCCGUGCGGGGCAAGUUGCCUGUUUUAGAUCUCAUUUGUAAGGCAAUAGUUCGAUAACUAUGACUCGUUGCAUCUCGUGCAAGACAAUAAUA